CCUUCUCACGGGCGCAAAAAGCGAUUCGUGCUGGUUUCGACCUGAUUUCUCGCGAUGCUGACUACCUCGGCGAUGCCGAGGACAUACAGCUUGAGCAACAGCUCAUUCGAAAGCUGCUGUAGAGACCUACUACAGCACUGUCAACUUUUUGGGGGGGAGUUGCAAAGGCGUGGUUUGCUUUCUAAAAACAAACGCCCAUUCUCCUUUUUGAAUACGUUCCCAUUUUUCCCGUAAGUCUGUUUUCUUGUAUUUUAUCGCUCUGCUAACCUUUGGCGUCCAUUUUAUUUUGGCAUACCUUUUCUAAGCAUGUUAGCCUGAGACCACGGAAAUCGACCGAGUCAAGUGCUGGAUAUACGGAGAGAUUGAGACAGAAGGGAGUACUGGAUAGAGAGACCGGGAAAGUCUUUAAUGUGAAUACCACAACAACAACCAACAGACGCAGCGUUAAACGCAGUCCACAUUAAGAUAUCGCCCAAUCGCGCCGUUUUCGCGAACCACUAUUUUGAUCAUUUCAAUGACACUUUCGACAGCUUCUCAUGAUCCUCUUCCGAUCGGAACACCGCGGAUGUCGAUGCAACGAUCAGGGUGAGAAGAGCAUGUUCUCCUCCCUAUAUUGGAAGGCGUCCCGACCCCAUGGUGAUUUUCUGUACGAAUUGUGCAAUUGUGUAAAGCAUGCACAAUAGACAUUUGUGUGCAUUCGGAGACGUCACAGGUAGACGUGGACCCUCACGCUUUACACUGAAGUUGCAUGCCGUCAAAAUACGCACGCACGUGAUGUAAAUGAAGUGCGACAAAUGAAUAGAAGGGAUAGAUACAGGCGGCAAUGUUUCGAGCACCGACCCAAAUAGGCUAAAAGCGCAACGACGCCUUGCGUAUGCCAAUCAACACAAUUAUCCGUGAAACGUUAAAAAAAAUAGCAGUGUCGAUUCUUCAAAUAGUUUUGGAUGCUCGAUGUGACCCAAUCCCAAAAUUUCGGUCGACGGGAGACCAAGGUGCGGACGUGGCCAGCGGCAGACUCGGUGUCCACGGGGCAUUAGGCGGUGUCUUCGACGGCUGCGUGCGUUCAGACAAUACGUUCAUGUUCAAACAGGGAAGUAAUUAUUAUUUCGGGUGAGGCAUCAACUUGUCCAAAUUAUCGUGGGUACUAAUGCUUUACAGAAAGUCAUUCUUUCAUUCCAUACUCAAAUGCACGCCGUCUGGGAAAGGGUUUCAACAUGCCUUUCCCGUGGACUUCAACGUGCAGGUUCAUGGUUUCUCAAAAUCUUAAGACACGUGCCACUCGAAGUGGUCGGGAGAAGGGGCAAGCCUGCGGACAACAGGUUCCACAAACUAUCUCAUGGAUUGAUGGAGUUCAUAAUGCCAGUAUUCAUCGGGCGUACCUCCAAACGAGUAGAUGAGUCAUAAGAGAGAGAUUGGAAGAUAAUUUGGCGACGAAUCCAAAACAAACGACUUCUCGGCAUCGGUUUUACCAAUCGGGCAAGACGUGAAAAUUGGAGGUAUCAUAUUUCAAUAACAUAAUGCUAUACACAUUUCCUGGACACAAAACGUAUCGGUUGCUCAGUAAUGCGGCGGGGUACACAACAGAGGCAUCGUCAUCUUCUACAAGAUGUGUUCGUCGAAGCAGUUGGCAAUGAACACGUGCACAGAGUGUUGGGCAAGUCUAAGAGGUUGAUACAAACAUCGAAUUGCGAAGUAGCAGACCGAUCUAAUCCCAAAAAAGCGAGCAGUUCUAUCCGCUUGGGGAUUGAUGGACUUAAACAAUUGAGUCUGUGUUAAUUGUUCCAGUCUAGGGUUCUCACAUGUGCACUGGCCAUCGCCGCCGUCGUGCUUGCAGUACCAAGUAACGGUGGGCUCCGUGGCAGUGCCGGCGAUCAGGGCGCUGGUGUCGACAUCAAUCUCCAACUCGAAGUCGCACACGCACGCGUAGCCGGUGUCGCACAUGGAAGAACCAUCGUCACCGCAUUCCAAGGGAUCGAUAAGGCUGGUCGAUGUGGCAGUGCUAACCGAGCCAGAGGGAAAAGACUUUGCCGAUCAUCUUGCUCUCGUGUACCUCUUGAUCCUGUGUCCAUUAAAUUCAGCGGGGGAACAGGCGAUUUGGGUUGUUCGACUUAUGCUUUUCUGUUAAAAACGACUUGAUAUUUCACGAGCGCACGUCAGUAAAAUGCAUUUGUAUUUGAGUUGUGAGAUUUCCAAACCGUUUACUGAGCGAUGUUUAACAUGAAGUUACCCCGUUUCGCCGCCGUUUCAUACAUGUACAGACAGAACCGCAACGAUAAAGUUUUUUUGUAAAAUAUUUCGAUGACGUUUGAUGUAUGUUUUUUUGGAGCGGUGAGAAGUGCUUCAUCCGUCUCAUCAUCGGAGAGGGUCUACUUCAUUAUAAUUCCGAAGGAAAGUCUCAAACCGGGGUGGUAAGGGUUGUUCGUGGCACACGCGUGCCGGUAAAUCCUGGCAUGGUUUGUUCACAGAGCGGUUUGAUUCUUCUGUGAAUGAACCGCUCAAGCAGAGACCUUGAUGGUGACGCGUGAAAAUAAAACGCAAAAAACAUUUGGGAACAGAUGAGCGUAAACCUUCAUGAGCAAAAGCGAUUCCGAACGACACAUUAGGUUCAACACUGAACAAAAUUGCUUUUCGUUCACGGUUUACCUUGUGUCUCGAGUUCGCCCGUGACAAAGAUCGCAUUGUUGCUGCCGAACACACUACAUGAACGAAAUCCAUGAUUGUUAAAUGAAGUUCGGUGGAGGCCCGUGCCAGUGCAAAAAAAAAUUUCGCCCUACUCACCUUCUUGCCGCACGUUCUAAACAGCAGCAGUUAAGGCCGAGUCCUAACUGCACGAUUUUAAACUGACAGGCAAAAACGGUAGAAUUGCAGUUUGCGACAGCCUCAUAAAAUGACUUCGAAAUAAAUAUAAACGAUAAUCGUUUGAGGAAGGUACUUUGCACAAUAAAUAAAACUCAGGAGGGUAUGGACAAACGACAACACCAUAGGAAACGUGAACCACGGACUCUUCAUUGGCAAUUCAGAUUGGGUUCUGGUGUGUGUGAAUACUCCCAUCAUAGUAACCAAAGGUACUGGUACCAGUUCAUGCCGCAUAGGAUUUGCCACCAUAAUGAGGUGUCUCGCACGCAAAAAAUGUGGCUACUAAUGCUGGUGUGACCACUGUGCCGAGAAUCAGCGAGAGCCGGAGAUUCGCUAGGUGCUGCCCACAUUUAUUUCAGGACGCAUGUCGAAAAGGUAUCAUCGUGAGGAUGGCAAUCGAGCACCGCUUGCUGCCGCCGAAUCCAAGGACGUGUAUUGUGAGCGCUCUGGGCAGUUACGCCUUGAAACCUACUUACUGUCUUUUAUCUUCGCCCGAACCGUCUUUCGCUGCAUCUAUUGGUUGAAGUUACUUUUGAGUGCCUAAAGGCUUCGGGCGCGGGCUGAGCUGUUCCUUGGUUCCUGGGAGAAAUUGCAUGUUUUACGUGAGUGAAUACCCGUGCACACACAUCGUAUGUGUGUUGCCCAAGCCAGCCGUCAUGCAUAAUCCGUGACAACGUGAAAAGAAACGAUAAUCAUACCUUUUUACCGUGGAUUUGCGUGUUUACCGCGGGUAACCUAAAAAGUUCUAAUCGCUCCAUUUGAAGAACGCUUGCAAGAGUCGGAAAUCUCAAAAAAGGAGCGCUUUAACCGAGGACAAUCUACCACGGUGUUAACUUCUCAAGUAGACGGGGGGAUCGGGCUACGAGCAAACCUGUUCAGCCCUUUACCUACGUGACGAAACACUUUCAUGAAAACAAUGAUUUGUCCGGAAGGACCGGCGGAAAAUCCCGAAAAGCGGGCUUCGCUUGAAAUGAUAUAGGCGCUGUUGGAUGCCGUCGCCUUCGAAUGAAGCCCAACCACCGGCAGUGAAGUGUAGAGCUAGCCCAACCACUGCUGUGUGCAGGUCGAUGCCGCUUCCCUUCAUCAGGUCAUAAUCUGUCUGUUACCAUUACUUUCUUCCUCACACACUCGCUAUUGCUCACAACCCGGCAACGCUGGCCAGGGCGAGCGCUGGCACAUUGCUGACUGCUGCUUAUUUCCAGCCAUUAAACCGUUACCUGCGAAACCAUGGUGUCGGAAUACCCCGAGUCUUAUCUGGUUGGGAUGUAAAGGUGCAUUAUACCACCUAGGGUGGUUUCUUGGUCUGAGGUAAAUCCCAACACAAUGAAACACUUAAAUUUAUUACGUUAUCCCCGACGCUAACUUAGUCGUUGACCCGACCCGAGCAUUAUUCUGAUUUCCCUAUUUCUUUUUUCACGCAGAAAACUAUUUGACAUGCCAUGAUUUAAAGUUGUGUUUCUGUAGACGCCGGCUGCACCCUAGAAUGGGGGCCUCGAACAGGGAACUUGAUUGAUUUCUUGGGUGGUCGGCAUGUACUGCGUCGCCUGCUGCGUCGCUUGUGGUGACUAUGUGCUGAGCAAAAGCGACAACCGAAAAUGUUCCGCCUAGAAAGCCAAUAUUUCUCAACACCGUUUUUGCAAAGCCGUGGAAGCGGUAGAGAUUUAAACCCCAAUGAUCAAAACACCACGAAAUCCCAAUGAUUGUUAUUUUGUUUACCCUCCGACAAUUGCGGAUAAAUGCAGCAAACAAGGUCGAUGGUAAAGGCGGUCAUGCCAAGACAGACUAUCUCGAUGCCCAAUAGCUAGAAAUGUUUGCCUCUAAGUCAUUAAGCUUUGGUUGAACACUACAGCUGAGCUCUAGGCACGAACCUUAGAUGGAGAAAGCAAACAAACCCCAACCUCAUCCAGCCAAAAUCAAACAAAACUCGACCCCGUCUUUCCUGGUACCCCUGACACCGUAUUGAACAGCAGUGGUUAUGUUGAAGCUGUCGCACGCAUAUUCGGGCGCGCAAAAAACUGUGCGGCACUGCUGAUCGACACUGCCACCGGUCACACCAAG